AGCCAACACGAACAUUGGAACAUUUCUACCACUUUCGCUUUUGAAUUCUUGACCGAUGGCAGACAAUUUACCCGACCUGCAAGAACUCGCUGCAGCCCUUCCAGUUCCUCCUGCAAUCGAAAAGAACAUCCAAGAACUCGAGAAACUCUUGUCGGGAUUUGUGGAUGAUGACGUCGAUAAUUUCGAACAUUGGUACAAAAUUAAGGAUCUCGCUCAUGAAGUAGCCAAUCUACUGCGAGACCUGAGAUUCAGACAAUCGGUCGGCUCAGAGACCAAAAUAUUUCCUUACAUCAUCAACACGAUUAAUAAAGUCAUAGCAAAGAGGUCUACAGUGAAAGUGACCGAAAUGCAUUGUCCUAUCAUGGCAGUGACUCAAUUACUCAGAAUAAUCGGGAAUUUGGUCCAUACGUCAGACGACAACCGCCACAAAUGUCUUGACGCUGGCGGGGCACCUGCAAUAAAAUCCAUUAUCGAUAUGUUUGUUGACAUGGCCCUUGUUGACCAAACCUGCUAUGAAGAAGAAAUCAGGAUUUCUCUGAUAGUAGCCACUAACUUUAGUGUUGACUUCCAGCCUGCUCAGGAUCUUCUAUCCGAACUUGGUUUGACAGCAUCCUUAUCAAGGCUGAUCGAGUAUGCUUAUGCCAAGCGACUGGUCUGGAUGUCUUUUCCUCUAAUCCUACUGGACGAAAUGACUGGAAUAGAGACAGGGUGGAAACAGAUUCCAGACAGUUUACUAUGCACCUUGGCCCAAAUGAUAAUUUACUAUUCCGUCCAAGACGACGAUGCGGAUUACCCGAACCCCCCAAAGGAAGAGAAUCUUAACGUUCAAAUUGUCAUGCUGUGCUCUACGAUCUUACAGACGCUUGUCGAACACGCAGGGCCAGGGCGUUUUACCUCAUGGAUCUUUGUACCAGCCGAUCCGGUGAUGAACUCGUUUUCAGAUGAUGGACCACCCGCACCGAUGUGGCUCAGGCUGGCGAUGUUCUUGCGAUCGGCGCACCAUGGCAUCGAAGCUGCUCCGGGAACUUAUCAGGGACCGAAGAAAUACAACUUAUACAGUAUGAUCAAGGCUCUGAUUAUUCAAGCGUUGGUCCUAACGAUGGCACAUGUUCAAGUCACGCCAGAGUGCAGACUGAUGAUGUAUGGAGUCCUAGCCCAGUGGGUUCAGGAGGACACGAUCUUGAAGAAACGGCCGGAUUUGGUCAUAAUGUCGGGUCUUUGGCUCAGCAAUUUAGCUUGUGAUGAGGAGGCUUGUCGGGUUCUUGUAGAAGAGUUUAAGAUCUUAGAAUCUCUUGUCAACGUUUUCAAAAUUUGGUCGCCGUCUCGACUGGGGAUACCAGACGAUUCCACAUUAUGCAAGGCUGAACCGGGACAGCAAGCCCAAAUCUUACACGGCUGGUGUGGGCUAGCUAGGAAUCUUGCAGUGCCAGCUGCCUAUAAGGCCAAGCUCGGUGAACUCGGUAUGAUAGAUUACGCUUUGGAAUGCUUGAGGCCCGAGUUUGAUAUCGUCGAGCCGUUGAAUGCCACAGCUGCAGCUUUGCUCCGGCAUUUAUGUAGAAAUAAUUCUGAGAACGUAGUACGAGUGCUUGAGUCGAAACGUGUUGAUUACAUAAUUAAUCUAGCCAAACGUGCUGAACAGCCGUAUUUCAUCCUGGAAACCUCGCGGCUGCUGUCUGCAUUAAUUAAUACAGCAGCUCAAAUGGAUUUACAGUCCAAUAAUUCUGCAUCAGGAUGGGAGGUUCUUUACUCAGAAAAAACGGUCGAGGCCAUCGUUCGCUUUGCCUACUUUACUGUAGCUUCUCAGCAUUUCAUUCUGAUGAAUGAAGCGCUCAUGUCACUCGCGUUUUUGGCCGUGAGACCCAGUCUGGUCCAUUCCCUUUGCAGAAACUUGCUCAAACUUCAAGAUGGAGGAGAGCCUGUAGCGCCAGUAGCUGAUUCCGGUGAUGAUGAGCAAGUGGACAAAGAGGAAAAAUGGAGAAUGACUAUACACGUUUUAUUAUGCCUUACAAUUCCAAACGAACCCAAUGCAACUCAGAAUGGUCAAGAGCCAACAGAUGGUCAGGCGAAGGAAGGUGACAAAGCUGCCAAAUCGGAAGAAAGCCAGAAUGAAGAGGAGCUACCGGAAGAAGUUAAGAAACUAAUCAAACAGAUUCCGAUGCAAAUGAAGCAAAACCUGUUUGUUGCUUUAGCUCAACUCGGAGAUGUCGUGAUGAAAACCCCUCGAGAUUCUCAAGCAGAAGACCCAGAAAAUGGUCGAUCGGAUGUCGAACGAAUUCAAGAUAUCUUGCUCAAACAUUAUCAAACUCACCUUUCUAAAGAACCUCCCGCUUCUGAAUCAAUCGAACCGAUGGAAGAAAUCUCUAGCGAUGCCGUGAAGAAAGAUGGUCCCCCUCACCCGGUUUCUUUUUCGGAUGUAUUGAAAACUUGGAACGUCAAAAUUGCUUAAACAAAUUACCCCACUUUCCACUUCUGUUAUUUUCUUCCCCUUCUGACUCACCGAAAAGAAGAACGUACGAACUCUGUAUUUUCCUUAUUGUAAUUUUGGGUGAUUUGGUUUUGAAAAAAAAAAACCCUUACUUUUUCGUCCUUCCUGCUGUAAUUGAGUUGUUCAGCAGCUUGCAUACACUGGGUGAGAGCAGUGCAGGCUAGCGUCAUCAGACUGAACC